ACGGUGUAUUGCUUCUUCUCGCGUUCACAAACCAAGAAGGAAAGAGACAGUUACUUGAAGUAGCAACUUUCAGGUUUUCCGGGUCCACGCAACUCUUCCAAGGCAUUCAUAAGCUCUGGAACCACGCCGACUAUCCACGAACCAGUAUCGGCGAACCCACUGGGACCCUGACAACCAAAAGCCCACUUCGUUCCUUACAGCUGUAAACAAAGGCAAAGCGAGGCUUCCGAUCCCGAGCACGUAUAGUACAUUAGCAUACCCGCAGAUCGUUUUUACAAAGAUCUCGUAUUCAGAGCGGUACACUACUACCACAAACUUUCGGCUCUACCCACGCUACCCUACUGUACAACCAAAGAACAACGAUCGACAUACAACGGACCUGAAAAUGGACGUCACUACCACUAUCAACACACAAUCGUCAUCAGCGUCAUCGUUACGAAGCUCAUCGCCUACUACACCCAUAACACCUUCCUCGCCUGCAUCAUCGGCAGGCGCUUCAUACUUCAACGCACCAAACUCGCCGCAAAUCCCUUACCACAUCAUCGUCACGUUCGACGGUAAAGUGCGCGAGAUGAUGAGGAUAGAAAGGCAGGUCGAAUAUCCAGUCCAGGAACGCCGAUCGCGGAGGCCGGCACCUAGGCCGAGGUACUACGCGAAGAAUGCGGAGGAGCAAAGACCAGAGGCUAAGAGGGUUGACAGCGGGUUCAGCGGGAUGUAAAAGGUCAAGGCUUGGUUUGGGAGGUUGGCAAAAACGGCGUUUACGAUUUUGAUGACUUUCUUCAUGGGUACAACGGAAAAGGAUCAUACCAC